AUGAGCAACGACACCAAUCUCCUCGAUGCUUCGAACUCCUGGACCUCGAUUUCGGCGCAUGGAUAUGGCUCUGGCUCCGCUACUUCGACCGUUCGCUCCCGUACUCGACGAAUAAUACCUUCGUUCGAUGGUACCGAUGACGAUGGACAGCCAGCUGGCUUUUCGGGUAAUACAUCACAACAUUCACUGCACACAAAUGGCGGAACUUCUAGGUCUUCUCCUUACUCCUCGAGAGGGGUAUCUCCAAUACCGAGCAAACGACUUCCUCGCACGGGAGGUGGUGGAGCGGGUUUACAUGAUGGCCGGAGCCCAAGUACCGUGAGAGGUCGUGGGGCUGGCUUCGGUGGUAUGAUGCGAGAAGACACAAGAGGGCCCGGAAAAUCGAAUGGGUUUGCUACCGACUUUCUGGAGUCCCCUUGGUCAUCGUUGCAGGGUCUUGCGUCGAAUAUUAUCGGGUCCGGAAGCGCCUUGAUUAACGGCGAGCCUGUAAAGCCGUUCGGACCAAGGUCGAGAUCUGUUGGAGGAGACCUGGCGAGAAAUAGACGGCCUGGACCUACGUCCUGGGGACCGCCGCGUUCGAUCAUUGGAGAGGCUAAUCCAGAUGCCCAGAGGGAGAGACAGGAACUCAUACAAGCUAAAAAGCGGGAAGCUCUAUUGCAGGCCAAUGGGGACAGUUUUCCCGAUAGCCGGGGGAAUUAUAAACGGAGAGACUCGGGUGAUGGAUUUGAGAGGUCGACCGGAACUUCGACGCCAGCACAGGAAGAAGGGGAUUCGUUGGUAUAUAUCCAUCCUGUCCAGUCGAGUGAUACGCUUACUGGAGUGUCGAUUCGUUAUGGUUGCGAGCUGGCAGUGCUGAGAAAGUCGAACGGCUUCUGGCCUAGUGACAGCAUUCAGUCUAGGAAGAGCAUUGUUCUACCUGUCGAGUCGUGUACGCUCAAGGGCCUCCCAAUACCCGAAGAAGAAGUCCGGAAACAGAAUGAUAGUUCCAAAGAAGACGAUCCAGAUCAUGAUACGAGCUCGCUUGUUCCUGAUUCAAAUGCCUCCAGCUCCUGUGAUUUUGGGUAUGGAGACUCUCAGCCAGACUUCGACAUAUUUAAGACAGACGACGAAUCGACUAGUGGCACUCCUUGGACGCACCACAGUUGGGUAAAGCUAGACGGUUUCUCAUCACCUGUUGAGAUUGGUCGACUUCCAAGGCGAUCUUUGGGAUUCUUCCCUCGGGCCCGCAGGAAAUCCCAAUUGCGUUUAAGCUCUUAUAAAGAUAAUCCCGGACCGUCGUCUUCCACACAUGAUUUACCUGGCUUGCAAUCCCCUUCUCGUAAGCAACGUGAUUCGAGAAGAAUAUCAGAUAUAAGUCGUGAUGUCUCGAUGGCCGCCACCAGAUCACCACGCUAUUCAGGCUCUAUGCAACACAGAAGGCAGCGCAGCAUCACUUUAUCCGGCCCAGGAGGUGUUGGGACGCUAGAAAACGCCACUUGCCCAGGUCCUCCGAUAGACAAGUUUACUACUUUCGUCAACUCGCAUCUGCCUACAUUGACUAUCAAGCCUGCGCCCAAUGAUACAGCACCAAUGUUUUCCUCUUUGCAAAAUCUCGAUCGUGCAUCGCUCGACUCAUCUGAUUCCGCUGUAUUCUCAUCCUCAUCUACGGCAGGUCUAGAGAAUGUCGGUGGGGCAAUCGAAGGUUGGUUUCGAAAAGUUGCUACUCGAGCAAAGGCAGGGAUAAACGAGAUACAACAGCAGCAGCAGCCUCUCAGCCAACGACUGGCAAAUAUCGGCCUUGCCGGGACGUCCAGUGAUUUUAUAGAACUAAAUGAUGCGCCUGAGUCUAAUAAGCCUUCUCACUCUCCCUCUACUCUUUUCACGGACAGACCCAGCGAGGCCCAGGGAACAUCAAGCUCUCGCUCCGAGACUCCCGCAAUGCGUAGAAGUGCGUUCAAUAAUGGCCCGUCAUCUCAUGCUGAUAAGAAGAUGGACUGA